GCUAAGGUUGAGUCUCGACGGGCUCGGCUGCUUGGCUCGAGCGUCGUCUCUUGCUCAUCGAGUCGACUCGCUCGCUCAGUCCGCCGCCCUUUUUGAGAUUGAUUUUCUCGAAAGUGGAUUGCGUUGCACACGACGUUGCAACACUUCAAUCCACCCACUCUCUCUUCGACGAGUGCGCUCAGCAGGAUGCCACGCCAAGUCGUCUCGUACGACGAUCUAGACUAUGGCGCCGCAUCAGGAGCCAGCGGGUCAUCCCAGCCUUCGACGAGCAAGAGCGCAGCACCGGCGACGGCUCCCCUAGCUGCCCCAACUGGCCUCGACGACAUGAGCACAAGUGGCCUCGGCGGAGACAGCGAUGAUGAUGAAGACGCUGGAAGCACGGGAUCGUCUCCAGGUCCUCCGCAUCCGGAUGCUAGCAGCCAGACGAAGCAGAGCUACUCGAGCAAGAAGAGGGCGAGGAAGAAGAGGAGGCAGAGGGAGAGGGCAGAAGCUGCUGCGCGAAGUGGUAUGGCGGAGACGGGCCCUAAGCAACCCGCAAAGAAGGUUAGGAUAGAAGAACCUGCCAAAGUACACAGCAAUGGCAAAGCUGAGGAAGCAUUAGAGAAGGACGAGGCGCAGCCCGAAGGCGAAGGCGAGUGGGUGGAAGAAGACGGGCAGCAAGUCUUCUACUACUAUGAUGACGAUGAGGGCGACGAGGACGGCUACGACGAGGACGAGCCAUGGCAAGCACAACACGGUUUCAGCAUUUCCCUAGCUCAAUUCUCGUCCUCAUCGUCAGGUCGAGUCCUGCAGCAUGACGAAGUAUGGGACGACUCUGCUCUCGUCUCAGCUUGGGACGCUGCUCAGGCCGAGUACCUCAUCUUCCACUCUAGGCGGGCCGAAGCUCGCAAGCACGAAGAGCAAGAGGGGCAAUCAAGCAAGAAGAGUGCUCUUUGGUACGAAGCGCCUACGCCAGGGUCUAAAGAGGCCAUGGAGGCUGCCAAGAUCUCGCAAGGCAAUAGGGAGGCGAAAGCAUUGCUGGCUUGGCAGAAGAAGCAAGAGGAGGCUCAACGGCGGGGUCAGCAGCUCAAUGGCAAUGCAUCGCAGACACAGGCAACGCCUCUUCAAACGACAGCCGGCGCAACGAGCUCGACUAUCACCACCGGCGUCAUGCCUGACGGCGCCGCUCCCAAGCGGUACAUACCCCCAUCCAUCGGUCUCGAAGGCAAUGCAGCGUGGCAGCAACAACAGGGAGCCGCUUCGCUUCUACCGGGGAUGGACGAGCAGACCCAAUCCAUGUGCAUGAGCUGGUAUUACGCUGGCUACUACACGGGCCUUUGGACAGGGCAGAGUCAGGCGCGCGGGGCUGGGCAGCGACAUGGUGGGGCUGAACAGUAGAGGGCCUAGCUUGCAGGUCAGCAGCUCGCAUUUUCGUAUUCCCAUCAAUGCAAUAGCAGCUCACCCUGCUUUCGGAUGCCAAGUCAAGCGAUCAU